AAAAUUGAGUGCUGUGCAAAAGUAAUGGCAAUUGGGCUUUGACGUCCCCAUCUUCCCAAAUCAACCGAUUCUGUGCCUUCCACCUCUCUCUCUCUGGGCUGUUUCUUUCCCUUUCUGGGUUAAGAACAAUCUUUUCCAAUUCUAAUGGAAGGCUCUGCCAAUGAACGUCUUUAUUUUGGGAAGAUGGGUUAUGGAUGCAAGCAUUAUAGAAGAAGAUGCAAGAUCAGAGCUCCUUGCUGUAAUGAGGUCUUCGAUUGUCGUCAUUGUCACAAUGAAGCCACGAGCAUGUUGAGCAACCCCAUUGAUCAGCACGAACUAGUUCGAAGCGAUGUUAAGCAAGUUAUUUGCGCAGUGUGCGACACAGAGCAACCAGUUGCUCGUGUUUGUACGAACUGUGGAGUCAAUAUGGGAGAAUAUUUCUGUGAAGUGUGCAAAUUCUUUGACGAUGAUAUUGACAAAAGGCAGUUUCAUUGUGAUGAUUGCGGGAUCUGCAGAGUUGGUGGUCGUGAGAACUAUUUCCACUGUAAGAAGUGCGGAUCAUGUUAUGCAAUUAGUCUGCGUGACAAUCACUCGUGUGUGGAAAACUCCAUGCAGCACCACUGUCCCAUAUGUUACGAGUAUCUCUUUGAUUCAUUAAAAGACACUAUCGUUAUGAAAUGUGGGCACACAAUGCACUGUGAAUGUUACCAUGAGAUGAUGAAGCGUGACAAAUAUUGCUGUCCCAUAUGCUCAAGGUCAGUUAUUGACAUGUCUAUAGCCUGGAAGAGAAUAGAUGAGGAGAUUGAAGCAACCGUCAUGCCUGAGGAUUACCGUUACAAGAAGGUUUGGAUUCUAUGUAAUGACUGCAAUGACACGACUGAAGUUUUCUUCCACAUAAUUGGACAGAAAUGCAGCCACUGCAAAUCAUACAAUACAAGAACAAUUGCACCUCCGGUUCUUCCUCAAUGACCAGGUUAUGCUUUCCGAGGCAAAUAUUUUACUGUCUACAUGCACUGAAAAAGCUCAUGCCUGAGCUAGAAAGAGGAGGGAGGGGGCGGUUUCUAAUUGCAUCUUCGACCAAUUUCUUGUUUUCCUUCUUUAUACAUGCCACACUGCCAUUGCAUUAUGAUUCAAACUGUAGCAUUUAUACUUGCCUGCUAGACAAAACGUUUUCUGUGGUAUUCUUCUCUGAUUAUUUGGAGUUUAAAAAAAAAAAAAACCCAUUUGAAUGACUAUGGGUUACUGUACUCUUGAUGUACACACUGUAAUGUGAAAGAAAGGGGUUGCUGUUUAUUCUGUUAAUUAUACCGGGAAUAGUGUUGACUAAUUAUAAUAUU